CCGUUUAAAACUCCGACCACAAAGUAUCUUAACAAUAAAUGCAUAAAAAUACCUCGUUCGUAUUAAAUCCUAAGUGAAUAUUAUUUAUUGUCUCCCAUAAAUUUAAUGAAAUAAAAUAUUCGAAAUUCAACUAAAACUUCGCAAGACAUAAGAUCCGAGGAUUACGCUAGAGCAGCGCUGAAAAUGGAUUACGCUAACUUGAAAUAAAUGGAGAAUGACCCCAAAACGACGCCCACGACUGCUACUGCUGCUGUCUUUGCUGGUAGACCAGAAACAAACAGAAGAAUAACACACAAGCUGAGCAACAACAACUACAACAAAUUACAGCAACAAUAAUCCUACUACACAACAAACGGAAUUAUGAAUUCCUACAAAUAAAAUGAAAUAAAAUAUCUGCUCAUAUGAAUGUAUGUAUGUAUGUCUGUAUGUGUACAUGUGCGCAUACCAAUGUACAUAUGUAUGUGUGGCGUUUGCACUGAAGUCGUAAAAGGCGAAUUAGAGUGAAAACUGGGCAUAAAUGCGCGCUGUUGUGCGUCUGCAGCUUUGAAAUCGAAAAUUGUAGCAUAACUUUGGGCGCACAAGCAUGCUGCUGUGAAAUUAACGCGCGCGCACACACACACACACAAAUAAGCGAAUUAGUGUGAAAAGGUGUGAUAAAAAUAAGUGGAAAGUGGUCGCGGUAGUGAAGUUAGAAUUUGGAGACUCGUGCAGUGCUUGAGUGCGUUGGGCGGUCGGAACACCCACAAGGCGGUAAUCAACUUUCCGUGCAACAUAAAGCGGACCAACCGCGAGUGUUUAAAAAUUAUAUAUAUAUAUAGCUAUACAACAACAACAACAACAAGAAAAUUUUAACUGCUUACCAGCAAGAAGCGCAAUCACAACAACUACAACAACAACAAUAUCAGCAACAAUCAGCGCAGCAAGCAGCAGGGUAGCAUCCUCAUCACCAUGAAGGGCUUAACAGCGUUUAAGGAGAAAGCCACGUCCGCCUUUAGUGGCAUAAAACCGAACAUCGAAAAAUUUGAAAUCUCUAAAAACUAUCAAGGCGGCUAUGGUGGUUAUGAGGAGAUGGAAGAGCGCGACAAGAUUGGCGAUGGACCCGGUGGUGGCAUACCAUACGAUGAUGAUAGACCCGAUUCGCCAGCCUCAUUUGAGGAAAUCGAACGCCCGCCAUUACGAAAAAUCGACAAAUAUCUUAAAGCCGAGUGCCCUUGUUUGCCAGCGCGUUACACGAUUGCGGUGAUGGCAUGCAUAGGAUUUAUGAUAUCCUUUGGUAUGCGUUGUAAUAUGUCGGCGGCGAAGCUGAAAGGCGAACACAAUCAUACGACUUUCAUGAAUUGGAGUGUCGCCGUGGAGAGUCAUGUGGAUUCGUCAUUCUUCUGGGGCUAUUUGAUCACACAAAUACCGGGUGGUUUCAUAGCUUCCAGAUUUCCGGCUAAUAAAAUCUUCGGAUUGUCCAUUGUAUGCUCGGCAACGUUACAUUUGUUGGUGCCAUUGGUGAUGGCCGUGUGUCACGGUUAUGUUGUUAUAGGUGUGCGUGUAACGCAGGGACUAUUCGAGGGUGUCACCUAUCCGGCCUGCCAUGGCAUUUGGAGAUUUUGGGCGCCACCCAUGGAGCGUUCGCGUUUAGCAACUUUGGCGUUCAGCGGUUCGUAUGCGGGUGUUGUUGUGGGUCUACCGCUGUCCGGUCUGCUGGCCGAUGCGAUUGGCUAUCAGGCGCCCUUCUACGCUUACGGCACGUUUGGCAUAACAUGGUACCUCUUUUGGCUGUGGCUCUGCUUCGAGAAUCCCCGAAAACAUCCUGCCAUUAGCGUACCUGAACUGAAGUAUAUCGAGAAGUCGUUGGGCGAGACGUCCAUGCAGCCAUCGAUGCCAUCGAUAAGCACCACACCCUGGCGCGAGAUGGUGCGUUCCAUGCCGGUUUAUGCCAUUAUCGUUGCGAAUUUCUGUCGUUCUUGGAACUUCUAUCUACUCGUGCUCUUCCAAUCUUCAUUUCUGAAACACAAAUUUGGCUUCAAGGUCGAGGAGGCGGGCUUUAUUGGUUCGUUGCCGCAUUUGAUUAUGACCACUAUAGUGCCAUUUGGCGGCAUGUUGGCGGAUCAUUUGCGUAAGAAUGGCAUUAUGUCGACGACGAAUGUGCGAAAGCUCUUCAAUUGUGGCGGUUUCGGCAUGGAGGGGUUGUUCUUUCUGUUCGUCGCGCACUCCAAUACGGCGACUGGCGCCAUGUUUGCUCUCACCUGUGGCGUCGCCUUUAGUGGGUUUGCCAUUUCGGGCUAUAAUGUUAAUCAUCUGGAUAUCGCACCACGCUAUGCUAGUAUUUUGAUGGGUCUCUCGAAUGGUAUUGGUACUUUGGCUGGCAUAAUUGUGCCCUAUGCGCUCGAUGGUUUGAUUUACAGAGAUCCCACCGGCUGCUGGACCACUGUCUUCACGCUUGCCGCCUGCGUACAUUUAGUUGGCUGCACCUUCUACGGCAUCUUCGCUUCGGGCGAACUACAACCCUGGGCCGAACCACCGACUGAAGAGAAGCAGGUGUGGGCGCCACCAAUGGGAGCCAUAGCUGAAGAUCCCAGUCAGGGUGGUUACACCAAAGAGACGUCAUUCGGCGCACCACCACAAUACACCGAACAAAGUCAAAUGCAACAGCCGAAUGCCAUCAAUUAUGGUGCGACUGGUCACGUGGCCAACAAUCCAUUCGCCGCCAUGGCUGCCACUAUACCCGAGGAGAGUGUGGUGCCCGAGGCCACAGCUGGUGAUGCCAGCGCGUAUGGGGUAUAUGACUAUGCCCAACAACAAACAAUACAGUCUCAAAUGCCAACCUACGACCAACAAUACCAACAGCCGGCGUAUCAGCAACAACAACAACCACAACAACUCAGCUACCAACAACCCUAUCAGCCACAAUAGAAAGUACAGGCGGAAUGAAAGGAACACGGGGAACUAAGGGGAGUUAAUAAAUAAUAGAAAUAAA